ACGCCACUAAACGAGCAGUCUAACGCGCCUAAUCACCAUUUACACCGGGCAAUCAAGAAUCCAGUCUUCAGAUUUCAGAAAAGGAAAACAGUUUGGCUUGAGACGGUGAAAGGUUCCUGAUCAAUGACACAGUAAGUAGAAGGACGGCCGUAUGGAAGGAUAACUUCAGAAAGAAACCUAUAUUUCCUCCGUCUCGUCCCCAACACUUCGCAAUCUACGACUGUAACACGCGCAUUGAUUGUGGCGCGGUGUUACCGAUUCUCCAGUCUAUAAGCCUGCACUUCACUCCAUCGGUAUUACACGCUGAACAUUCCCACUCUUGCUCCUAGCAUAGACGUCGCCGCAUCGGUCCUCUUCUCUGCGUCGACUUUUGCACAAUAUCGUGUUCACUUGUUUGGGCUUGCAUUUGGGUCCGCGCAUAAAAGAUGUGAACCAAUAGCAGAAUGUUCUUUUGGAAAAGGGGCUGAUCAGUUGGAGGGUGAAGGACACAGUUAAUCUGUUAGCCACGUGGGUGCGGGUCUUCAUCGGGGAUACGGGCAACAGUGAGAGAUACUAUUGCAUCGAUAGUCUCAAGUUGACAUGUGCUUGUGCGUUUAGAUCAGGAUGCACGCGUACCGGAUACUUGUGUGGAAAGUUGUUUUUGUACUUGGAUAUAUUUCAAAGACUGCUGGUUUUAAGGGACAAAUCCCUAUAGGCGCCAUAUUUGAUGAAUAUACUGACGUGUUCGCAAGGACUGGUUACCAGUACGCUAUAUCUAGCCACAGUCAAAGAGUGAAGGAGGGGAUUAAAUUUUCUACUGUUUAUGACGAGGUCGACAUACACGACAACUUUAAAGUGGCUUCAAGAAUCUGUCUCCAGAUGGCAGGAGGAGUGUUCGCAUUUUAUGGAAAGACAUCCAUGUCAUCUUUUAGUAUCAUACAGUCGUUUAGUAAUACGUUUCACAUGCCCUACAUAUCAUUUAGUCUGUCUGGAACCACGGACAAUCAACCAAAGCCAUAUGUGAUAUUUGUGAAACCUUCAUAUGUGGAUGCCAUGGCGGACUUAAUCGAAGCAUUCAGAUGGACGCAAUUGGAUUACCUGUACGAUUCGGAUGAUGGUCUGAUGCGAGUGCAGAAUUUACAUGCCAAGUUGAAGGACGUUGUGCCUCGGGUUGACAUGCGCUUCCGGCGAGUUGAUGACGUAACGGAUGCGCAUGAAGACCUGCGCAGACUUGACAGAAACCAACAUGAAAACCGCAAAAAUAUCAUUUUGGAUUUGUCAUCCUAUCACGCCUAUAAUGAAAUGCUGAGGCAGAUUCCUGAAGUGGGGAUGAAUAGAAAUGGCUACAAUUAUCUCCUUGGCACGCUGGAUAUUCUCAAUUUCAAUCUCACACGAUUUCGUCACGGGGGUGUCAACAUUACCGGAUUCCAGCUAGUUAACCACAACUCAAGGACUGUCAAAAGCUUUCUCGGAGGAUGGAGAAACCUGUCUUCAACAGUAUGGCCGGGGGCAGGGAAGGAUUUUGUUCAGGUAGAUGCAGCACUGUCUGUCGAUGUAGUGGAAGCAUUGUAUCAGGCUCUCCGGGAUAUGAUUCGACGGAACACGGAUGUGUUUAAUUUUACGUUCAGGAGACGUACAGUGUACAAUUACAACAAAACCAGGGGAAUACCAUGUGACGAAAGACCUGUGAUUCCAUGGAUGCACGGGAGUGAUAUAUACGACUCUCUUCAACGGGUGAAAUUCAGUGGUCUAACGGGAAAUGUUGCAUUUGAUCGAAGGGGCCUGCGAACGGAUUACAGGAUGAGUGUGUUUACUGUCAGCCUUAACAAUGGGCCUCAAAAGAUUGGAGAAUGGGAUAGCAUAUCCGGAUUAAGAACAAUAUAUGAUGCUGGAGACCAAGGUUCCGCUAACGACAGUUCUAAGUCAUCAAAGAGUCGCAAGGUUAUUACCACUAUACUGCUUCCACCGUUCUUGACGAAGAAGAAGGCGCCUGACAACGGAAAACCCCUCCUAGGAAACAAUAGAUACGAAGGAUUCUGCCGAGAUCUGGCUGACGAGAUUUCGGAGAAGCUUGAGUUUGACUACGAGAUCCGCGAGGUUCGCGACGGGCAGUUUGGCGUGGAACUGGAAAAUGGCUCUUGGAGCGGAAUGAUCGGAGAACUGAGACGUGGGGUAGCUGAACUGGCAAUUGCUCCAUUAACAAUCACAGCGGAACGUGAGCGGGUGGUCGACUUCUCGAAACCCUUCAUGAACAUUGGAAUUAGCAUAAUGAUAAAGCGACCUGACAAACAAAAGCCUGGUGUCUUUUCCUUCAUGGAGCCGUUUUCCAUUCAACUGUGGGCAUGCAUCACUAUAGCAUACGUCGUCGUGAGCGUCAGCAUCUUUCUUGUAAGCCGAUUCAGUCCCUACGAAUGGCACAAUCUGACGUUGACAUUUGGAGACAUGAUUCAGAAUCAGUUCACACUGUCCAACUCCUUCUGGUUCUCCAUGGGAGCACUGAUGCUGCAAGGAAGUGACCAUUGCCCAAGGUCUGCCGCUGGCCGCAUUAUAGGAGGGGCGUGGUGGUUCUUUGUGUUGAUCAUCAUAUCUUCCUACACCGCCAACUUAGCCGCGUUCCUUACCAUAGAGCGGAUGCUCACUCCAAUUAAAUCUGCUGAUGACUUGGUUAAACAAACGGAAAUAUCGUAUGGCACAUUAAAAUCAGGAUCGACAAUGAAAUUCUUUGCGAAAACGGAAGUUCCAACAUACAAGACGAUGUACAACUCCAUGACAACGGCGACGCCAAGUCCAUUCGUAGACUCGAUCGAUGCUGGGGUAGAGAGAGUUCGCAACUUUAAAGCCAAAUAUGCAUUUUUAUUGGAAUCAACAAUGAACGAAUAUUAUAAUAACAGGAAACCAUGUAAUACUAUGAAAGUCGGACCCAACCUGAAUUUAAAGGGCUUCGGAAUUGCAACUCCCCUUGGCUCAGAUUUGAAAGAGAAAAUCAGCUAUGCAGUAUUAAAAUUGAAGGAAGAUGGUACUUUACAUAAGCUUCAGCAAACAUGGUGGUAUGAGAAAACAGAAUGCGGAUCAGACACAGGGCACAGGGAAUCCAAAAAGAGGUCCCUGUCCCUUAGUAACGUUGCGGGGAUAUUCUAUAUAUUGAUAAGUGGCCUUGUGGUAUCAAUAGUAACUGGUAUUAUAGAAAUAUUUUGCUUGAAGAAAAGACCUAUACCGGGAACAGCUCCAGACCAUAUAAAAAGAAAUGAUACAAGAUUAACAGUUGUGGGCACCCCGCCGGAACAAAUAAAUGGACUUAUAAAUGAUGUAAGAAUUCGGUGAAAAAUGUUGUGUGAAUACGAUGAAAUACUUUGGGAGAAUAGAAAGAAAUACUUCGUGAGAAUACAGUAAAACACUUUGUGAGUGUGCGAUGAAAGACUUUGUGAGAAUACAAUGAAACACGUAUAAUACAGAGACCACAUGAAGUAUGUACCGAACACAAGAGGACGGUUUUGUAAACGAACCAAUUACAAAGCCACCACACACGACUGUGAGAUCUACAAUACACAACUGUGAGGUCUACAAUACAGCACUGAACAUCAUUCUAAAUGUCUGAACAUGAUAUAAAGUAGUUAAAGACUGUAACAAUAUGUAGAACAACAUGCGAAUAUAAUGUUCAAAUGAAUUUGGUGAAUGAAAAGGUUGUACAAUAGGGUGAGUGUGCUGAAUUAAAACAAUGAGUAAUAAAUCUACAUAACAUGUUUACAAGACUACAGUAGGCAAGAAAGUUGUACUAAAGAUGUUGGAGCAUGUGAUUCUAUACCUGUUUUACCUUAUGUGUGUGUUAUGUGUGCAUUUUCCGUUACCAAACAUUUUUUCGUGUGCCCUUUAAUAUCGUCUGACAACAUGUUGCCUCAGCCUUUCGUCACAGCUAUUUUGCCCUUUACGCCAAAUGGAAUCUCUUUCGGUGGUUAAUCUAGACUGGUUAUGUAUUGACAACAUAUAGUUCUACAAACUAAACGAUAAAUAUCUCAGCUGUUAAUGAUGCUUGCAUCCCAGCUAAUUCGACAAAGAAAUGACCACACUUAAAUGACUCCUUGACGUAUACAUAAUUUAAACUGUAAUUAAACGUUUACUGGAAUUAAACCAAUCAUAUGAUAACAUUCUAUUGUUUUUGAAAAAUCAUUCUAUAUCAUGCACUGAAACAAAACAGCGUGUUACAUAGUUAUGUCGGAAUUGAUAACAGUAAGCAACAUACACGUCCAAAUACAGGAUAUAAACACAAAAUUAUUAUUUACACAUAUAUGAAAAGUGUCGUAUGCAUAAAGGAAGUAUUCCGUGUAUCCAUUUGCAAUUUCAAAUUGUUGAUUUGGAAAACGGUCUGUUAUAAGCCACACCACUGCACAAACAGAAAAAUCAAUAAGAGAAACAGACUGUAGGCUGGCAGAAGAUCGAAUGGUAUAUCAUCCUUCAUACAUUCAAUUUAUGGAGCUGGCACCUCAUUCAUCAGACACGAAGAUAAUACUGGAAACGAUGCACUGGUUGUUUCAAUAAAAAGUAAUUUUCAUUUACUCCUGUUAUGUAGCCGGUUGACGUUUCGUUCAGAUAAGAAUUAUUCUGACUUCUUUUAGCCAAAUAUCCUGACUUUGCUUCGGUGGCCACAUAACUAGUAAUUGAACUAAAGUGAUCGGUAAAAUAAUUGAACCAAAUAAAUCAAUAUUCAUCAUGAAUUUAAAUUGCAUGACCAGUAUUUUGCUUUUUGUUUAAGGUUUAAACAUUAUCCUCAAUCAGUGGUUUUGAAUGUGUGCUGAAAUAUGUUAUUUUACAUGAAGACGUGUUGCUAUGUGAUAAGGUAUUAUAUUAUGAUGCAGCUUUUCAAACAGUUUUACAUUUAUUGUGUAGGUGUGUGAUGACGACUAUGAGAAAACGAAUACACGUAUAUGUAUACGUUUUUAGGCAUUAAUAUCUUGGAAAAUGUCAUUCAGAUGUGAUGGCAUAUCAUCUUGAUUAAGAGAAGUACAUGUACAUGUAGACAUACAUCGUUGUACGUCAACAACCUAUUUCUAAGUACAAUAUUUUGUAUCUUGCACACAUUCACAUGCCUGGAUAAAUGUUUCACUUUGUCUAUCGUACAAGAACACAGACCCCCUUGUAUCUUUCGUGAUGAGUGCCUCGUGUAAAUAUUCAUGGUACUCAACUUCUUUGUACAAACAUUUUCACAUUUUCAUGUACAACUGAUACCCUUGAAUGUAAAUAAAGAAUAUAUCUCUU